AUGGCAAAAGCUUCCCAAACAUUGCAAAAAGGUGGUGUUGUCCAGCACACUCUCACAACCCAUACUCUCAUAGGGAAACUCCCUAGAGAGAUCAUGGAAACUACAAACAUUGGCUACAAACGUCCUUCCGUAACGCUGAACUGCCGAUCGCUUUGGAAAGAACUCCAACAAACCGCUCUGUCCAGACUACUGCGAUAUCUGCACGCACCGUUUGCUGCAUUGCAGGAAACAAGCAACAGUGAUCCCCCCAUCGUCAGUAACGACAAUUAUAUCAUCUCUUGCGGCGAUGCUGAUGAAAGGAAAGUAGGAGGCUUCAUAAUGGGUGAGAGGAACGAUUACAACAACCUGGUGGAGGAGUUCGGCUCAACGUCAUCAAGAUGCGCCUUCGAACGACGGGAUCGCAGAGGAGUGAAACUCUGGAUCGUAAGGAUUGAUGCACCUACAGAAACCGCAACGAGGACUACAACAGAGACACGUUUUAUGAUGAACUCAAUGCGUUGA